GGCCUCCAUAUUACUCGAAGCCUCCGGGCAUGAUGGGGGCCUACGCCAGGAGCAGCCACCUCUCAGAGUACCCGUGGCCCCUGCCAUCGUACCCGUCACCCGCCUUCGGCCUGCCGGGCUCCAAGAUGUCCGCCCUGUACCCCCCCCACUACUACCCUGGCUCCCUGACCGGGGGCCUGGCCCACCUGCCUGCCCAGAUCUCCCUGCUGCCCCCCGCCGAGACCGGCGACCGGGCGCCAACUCAGCACGGGCCGGCCUACUCCCGCCUGGGCCUAGGGCUGAAGGGGCAGCACCCCUCUUACCCGCCCGCCGCCGCCCAGACCCUCCGGCCUGGCCCUUCGGCCUCUCCCCCAGGCCCCGGGCUCCCUCCGGGCAAGGAAGGGGCCUGCGAGAGGGGGGCGGCCUGUGGCGACGGGCGAGCCUCCUGGGUCAAGGCGGAGACCGACUCUGACCUGGAGGUGACCGACAUCAGCGACUCGAGCUCGGAGGAGGGCGAGGCCUGUGCGGAGCUGUCCCGGGCCUCCGGGCCUGACCGCUGGCUCAAAGCCGGCCAGAAGGCUGACCUGUCCUCGGCCGAGCAGCUGAAGAAUCUCGUCGGAGCCCCGGAGCGGGGAGUUGGCAAAGAUAAAGCGUUCGCACUGGGAUACAGGAGCUGA